UUUUAAUCACUUGUUCAUUGGGUACAAAGGUUAGAACAAACUGAAAUACCAUCAUAUGACAUAACUUUUUUUUUCUUAAGGUGUUGAAGAAACAGAAUAAACUUCUUUAGCACACCAAUCUCACAGAUAAAAGGAAAAAGUAAAGACCUGCGAUAUGAAAAUCGCAAGCAUCCUGACUGCGUUUUGGCCCUUCUCCAUGCUGCUAUUAUCAGACAAAAGCCGGACUUCUAAAACUGAAGUCAAAUGUAAUUUCACAGAAAAGAAUUAUUCUUUAAUUCCAGCGGAUAUCAAUGACAAUGUUACUAUUCUUGAUCUCAGUUAUAACCAAAUUACUCUGAAUAUGACAGACACACAGGUGCUACGGAUGUAUUUUUUACUCACUGAGCUCUAUUUGACUAAGAACAGCAUUACUACCUUACAUAGUAACAGUUUCAGCAACCUCUCCAAUCUAGAAAUCUUAAAUAUCUGUAGAAACUCCAUCAAUGUAAUUCAACAGGAUGCAUUUGUAGGCUUAAAUAAACUACAACAGUUACAUCUCUGCCAAAACAAAAUAUUACAAUUGGAUCCUGACUUGUUUGUGCCUCUAAACAACCUCAAACUUCUGAACCUGCAAGGAAAUUUGUUAUACUACUUUGAAGAACCACAACUAUUUCAUCUGGAAAUAAUAGUUUUACAUGGAAAUCCAUGGAACUGCUCUUGCAGUCUGUUCAAUUUGCAGAAAUGGUUGAACACAUCAAAUGUGACACUAGAAAAUGAGAAUAUUACCACCUGUAACUACCCAGAAAUCCUGAAGUAUUAUAGUAUCAAAACAGCACCCUACACUGCUGAAUGCCAUUCAAAAUUUCCUCUACCUGUAAUUGAAGAUCUUAAUAUUAAUUUUCAGUCCAUUGACAAUUCAACUUUCAAUAACUCUUUAAGUAACAUAACAAGAAAUUCAGAACAUGCACCUCUUGGAAAAAGUUGGGCUUUUCUUGUUGGUGUUGUUGUCACUGUAUUAUUGACUUCGCUCCUCAUCUUUAUCGCUAUCAAAUGCCCAAUAUGGUACAAUUUGCUGCUUAGCUACAAUCAUCAUCGUCUGGAAGAGCGUGAAGCUGAAGCCUAUGAAGACAGCUUUCCUGGAAAUGCAAGUGCUCUUUCACAAAUACCAGACACAAACCCUGAAGACACUACAGUAAUAUUUGAAAAGUUACAUUCAUUUGUGAUAGAUGAUGAUGGGUUUAUUGAAGAUAAAUAUAUAGAUACUCAUGAAUUAUGUGAAGAAAAUUAAUUUAUUUUAAUGUUUGACUCAUCAAAAACAUUAUCAGUCCAAAUACAGCUUAGACUUCGAGAUUUUAAAGCAAAAUAUAUCAAACUAUGUAUUGAUCAGUACAGUAUCUACGAAGAUGAAAAAUUAUGUUUCUCUUAUUGCACUGAGCAAGUAGGUCUAAAUGCAGUAACUGACACUAAUGUUAGCUAACAGCUACACAGUUAAUAUACGAGACCAUAAGACUAGUAAAAAGACUUCAAUUAUUUAUUAGUAUGAACAAUUUUCAUACAAACAUAUUUGUGAUAUAAUUUGUAUUAAAUUGUACUAAUGUUCCAGUCGGUCAAGAAAUAAAGCUUUUGGAUUUAUAUCAUGAAUCAAGGUGAGGAAGAAUCAUAGCUUCCAUCCACCCUACAACUGAUUUCAUGUUCACAAGGUGAUAUCAGGGAUUAGGAAAAUAUUUUUUAAAGGUUCCUGAACUAGCAAAACAAAAUUUUUUCAAAAUUUAGUAGCACAGUGUUCAAACAUAAAGACUAAUAAUUACUACUGAUUUAGUUAUUAAGAAAGGUUGUCACCAUAACCCAUGAUUGCACAAUUUAUUAUCAUGAUGGCAUCUGUGAUGGAUUGAACCUGAUGAACAACAGCUGACUGAAUCAGCGUGGUGCUGAGUAUAGAUGGCCUACCUGAUAACUGUUGCCAGUAUAAAAAAUGAAACCUGGGAAGGAGUGUUGUUGGUUCUCCACAUGCUGUGGUGCUGCUGGCUCUCCUGUUGCCAUGGUUCUCCUGGAGGAGUUCCUUGAGCUUGUUUCCUGAUAUGAACUUGGCUGUUCUGUCAAAGGAGCUCAGGACCUUGUCACUGAGAAUGACUGUGGCUCACUUUGGGAGAGCUCUGAUCCUUAGCUGAUCAUUGCUUGCUGCCUCUGCUGGGAAACAUGGUGUACUGUCCAUCUAGAAAAAGUUUGUCAUGCUGGCUUCCACACAUGAAUUUGGCUGUUAUCAUCAGAGGAGCUCAGGAUUCAUUGUCACUGAGGAUGGCUGUGGUUUCAGGGGAGCUCUGGUUCUUACUUUGAGCUUUGCUUCCUGGCUCCAGUGCAGAACGCUUACUGACACAGAUCAUUCAUGCCACUGGCACAGACUUUCUAGCUUCCACCACUAACUUUGGGGCCUUCCCAGCACAGAACAAUGAAACAGACUUGCAUGAGAUGUUGUCAUGGGCUCCAGGCCUCCAGCUGGACUCAUGGGAGGCACUGUUCAGCUGACCUCAUGCAGGGUACUGCUACAGGAUCCAGGCCUUUGGCUGGAUUCUGCAGGUUUUUAGUGUGUGGACAGAUUUCCCACACUUUUUGUAUUUAACUCUUUGGGUGACCACUAUAUAGUAAUAGCAUAAAUUAUGUGUCGUGUAUAUAAUUGUUUCCUUGUAUCCCCUGACUACAACAACUUCCAAAGUGGGCAUCACAAUUAUUUAUGAAUUUGGAGUUUUUUAAUGCGUUUUUCUGCCUCUCUGUGAGAUACUAUUCAGAUAGGCUUGUAUUGAGGCUGAAGAAUCUUGAGGUGGUCCAUGGAUAGCUAUUUGGGAUCCAAUACAUCCAACAACAUUUCCAAAAUUGCCCUCUAGAAUUCUAAUUUACAGAAAUACAUUUGAAGUAUUUGUAAGAAAAAAAAAAAGGUAGGCAGUCAAAUUAUUAUAGGAAAUGUAGCAUUUAAGCAAAGUGAAAUAAGACUCUUCAUUAUAGGACUAAUCUGAGACUCUAUUACAAUAAAUUGUUUGCUGAUCAUUCAAAGCAAAAUAUUAAUAA